AUGGGGCAUGUGGGGACAGAUCAAAAUUCACCACAUAAAAUUGCUGUGAAAUGUUGUGAAGAUCUGAAGAAUUAUUCAAGGCAUAUUGGUAAGUUGAUUGAAAAACAGUCAUCACAAGAAAUAGAGAAUAAUCGAUUGCGGCUCAAAACCUCAAUAGAUAGUGUUCGAUGGCUAGCAUUUCAAGCAUAUGCAUUCAGAGGUCAUGAUGAAAGCUCCGACUCAAAAAAUCAAGGUAACUUCAUUGAAUUGAUAAAGUUUUUAGCAACUUUUAAUGAUAAAGUUGAUGGAGUUGUGUUGACAAAUGCUCCACGGAAUGCCAAAUAUAGAUCACCCCAAAUUCAAAAAGAAAUUUUGUAUAUCUUUGCAACUAAAGUACGAGAUGUGAUUCACAAAGAAAUUGGGGAUGCUAAAUUUUGCAUUCUUGUUGAUGAAGCUCGGGAUGAGUCAAAAAGGGAGCAAAUGGCAAUCAUUUUGAGAUUUGUUGAUAAAGAUAGUUUUAUUCAAGAGAGAUUCUUUCAUAUUGUCCAUGUCAAAGAUACUACUGCAUUAACUUUAAAAAAGAAGAUAUGUGAUGUCCUUUCUUGUAACGACCUCAAAAUUCAAAAUAUUCGAGGUCAGGGAUAUGAUGGAGGUAGUAAUAUGCGUGGAGAAUGGAAUGGGCUACAAGCUUUAUUUCUUAGAGAAUGUCCAUAUGCAUAUUAUGUGCAUUGCUUUGCUCAUAAGCUACAAUUAGCUUUGGUUGCAGCAUCUAGAGAAGCAAAAUCUGUUCAUCAAUUCUUUGAGAAUUUGAAUUUUAUUAUCAACAUUGUUGUUGGUUCUUCAAAACGCAAUGAUGAAUUGCAAUCUGCUCAAGUUGCUGAGAUUGAAAGUAUGAUUGCUUCUAAUGAAAUUGAAACUGGAAGGGGGGCCAACCAAAUUGUUCUCGACACUAUCUCAAAGGAGGGAACCAACUAUUCUCAGCGCGGUGAUGCUGAAGCGGCUUAUAUGAAUUUGAGAAAGGAAAAGUGGGAGCAUUUCCUUGAUACUGUUAAAUCAUUUUGUGAAAAAAAUGAAAUUGAUGUUCCUGAUAUGAAUGCUCGUUACACUAGAGCUCGAAGUAGAUCAUGUUGCCAAAAUGAAGAAUCUUUCAUGACAAUGGAGCAUCAUUUUAGAAUUGAUGUAUUUAUUGCUGCAAUAGACUUCCAAUUGCAAGAACUGGAUAAUAGAUUUAGUGAGCAUGCAGUGGAACUUCUUCGUCUUAAUGCCGCUUUAAGCCCUCAAGAUGCAUACAAAUCAUUUAAGAUCGAUGAUAUAUGCAGCUUAGUUGAGAAGUUCUAUCCUCAAGAUUUUACCGAGCAAGAGAAAAUCAUUUGA